GUUUUAUGCAAUCAGCUGAAUGUACGGUGGACGGUGCGGCGCGCGCGCACCACUGGACCGAAACUUACAAACGAUGCCACAACUUAAACCGUAGUACUCGUCUGUUGUGACUAUUUUUUUUCAUAAAUAACAAAUAUUUUUUUAAUAAUUCAAAAUGUUUUCGUCGAAAGGAGUUUUCUAUUUAUUAACCGUGUUAAGUGCUUGUUAUGGUGCAGUUGAUAUCACAAAGUAUUUCAAGACAUGCAACAGAAAUGCAAUAGAUGUAAAUGACUGUAUGGCAGAUGCGGUCCAAAAAGGCAUUGCAGUCAUGAUUAAUGGCAUAGACGAGUUGGGAAUACCCCCGAUUGAUCCUUACCUGCAGAAGGAUUUCCGUUUGGAGUACAAAAAUAAUCAGAUAGCGGCAAAAUUGAAUAUGAAAAAUAUACAAGUUGAAGGCUUGAGAGCUGCCAAGGUUCAUGAUGCCAGGCUGCGUGCAGAUGACGACAAGUUCCAUUUAGAAGUAGACCUGACUAGUCCAAAAGUUACGGUCCAUGCUGAGUACCAUGGAGAGGGAAAAUUCAAUUCUCUUAGGAUUUUAGCCUUCGGUGAAGUCAAUACUACCAUGACUGACUUAGUUUACACAUGGAAGCUCGACGGAGUUCCGGAAAAGAACGGCACAGAAACGUACAUCCGUAUCAAAGAAUUCUACAUGAGGCCAGACGUUGGAAGUAUUGUAACCAAUUUCAAGAACGAUAAUCCGGAAUCAAGGGAAUUGACCGACUUGGGAACGAGAUUCGCGAACGAAAAUUGGAGAACCCUGUACAGAGAAUUCCUACCUUAUGCCCAGGCGAACUGGAAUAAAAUUGGAACGAAAGUUGCCAACAAGCUAUUUUUGAAAGUUCCUUAUGAUCAACUGUUUCCUACAUCGUCGUGAUUUUCAAAUAAGUUAGUUUCAGGGUUGAUUUUAAUUUAAUUUAAGGUAUAAAUCGGUGUUCUGUGAUAAAUAAAUAAUAUUAAACUCCUAGGGUAAAAAUUACCGUUACCAAUAAAAUUGAGUACCUGGUUUGUCGAAACUUAAUUUUUUCAUUCAUGGUCGUGCCGGCAACUUUUGUCUCAUGCGAAUCUACGCUUCCGGAAUGGCUACUUUCUACUUAGUUAAGUAAAGUCCUUACUGUUGAUUGAAGCUUAGUAGGUACAUCAUAUUGCUGUUUAAUAAGCUCA